AUCACGGUAGAUCAAAAUUCGAGUUUUCGUUUGCUUAUGCUGCCAUCUAAUGGCGCACGCGUUUGUGCUAGUUUGGUUAUAACUGCUGUGUUUGUAACAAAUACAUUUAACAGGCCUCCUCGGAAGGGAAAUUAUUGAGGGUGUCUUUUUACACAAGAGAUUAGUUCUACGGCAAAAGAAAACAAUCAGAUUAUAGAAUGACUCUAAAUCCAGCAUAUGAAGCCAUUGGAAAAGGCUUUGUUCAGCAAUACUAUGCAAUCUUUGACGAUCCUACUCAGCGACCAAAUUUAAUAAACAUGUAUAAUGCUGAAAGUUCAUUCAUGACAUUUGAAGGACUUCAGAUACAAGGGGCUAUAAAAAUUAUGGAGAAACUAAAUAGUCUAAGUUUCCAAAAAAUAAACAGAAUCAUUACAGCUGUGGAUUCCCAACCGAUGUUUGAUGGAGGAGUUCUUAUAAAUGUUCUUGGAAGACUGCAGACAGACGAGGAUCCGCCACAUGCCUAUAUCCAGACCUUUGUGCUGAAGCCAAUAGGGACCAGUUUUUACGUGCAACACGAUCUCUUCCGACUUGCAUUACACGACAGUGUCUAGAUAAAUUGUUGCCUCAUCAACAUAACACAUUACCUCACAGCAGGCUGAUGAGGAUCCCCCACAUGCAUAUUCGCAGGUGUUUGUGCUCAAACCGCUGGGCAAUUCCUUCUUUUGCCAACAUGACAUCUUUCGCCUGGGUAUCCACGACACGGCUUGAAGAAUGAGCACCAAUCAUAACACCAAGUGAAUACAAAAGGCAUCGUCGUUGUUGCGGAUUAAUAGUUGUGAUGGACGUAUUGCCAAUAUAUGGUAUAUGAACAUACAAAUGAAUAAUGUUUUGAGUGAGUUGUUUUGAAAGAAGCUGCAUCCAAGUUCAGUGAAUGUCAUGUUAAAACCCUUCCAUUCACCAUAUGUUCAGAAUGCCAUGUCCUCGUGUGAUUACAAUAACUAUACACAAGGAAGCGGCAAUUGAUCGUAUUCCUCGUCAGCACCAGGUUAAAGCUGUGAACGCAUGGUGCUUUUACAACUUCGUUUAACCUUCAAGACAGUUACAUAGCUACAUCAGGGUGCUGUGCCACAUGAGGGUUAGAAGUGUACUUUAUAUACUGAUGCUAACAUUACUCUUAUAAUUUUCUAGCUUUCUAUGAACAAGUACCCUGUUUUAGUAGAGUAAAGAUAUUCCUGUGGUCAGCUACAGUUAGCGUCUUUACUUAAACUACAUUUCUUGACCCCAGUUAAUGUUAGGCACUUUCAAUUGCACAUGGCUGUGAAAGUUAAACUACAUAUAACAAGGUACAAUGUCUAAUAUGAAAUUAUAUGUGUCUUUUAACAUAAUAUUAGGAAGUGAAUUUUCAGGAUGUGUAAAUCUGAGCAAGAACUGUCUUGUAUACAUUUACAUAAGCUUCUUGGAUAUUAUUCAUUGAUUCUCGCAAUGGUUAACAUAGGAUGUCUUUGUAGCAGUUCAAAACAGGGUACACAUCAAUUUUAGUUUUGUUUGUUGCCCUUUGCUUACAAGUUCAUUUACCUAAUGUUGGUAAAAAGUUAACAAGCAUGUGUCCAGUUUAUCUUAAGCUUGUUUAAUUGGAGCUGGGAUUGCCAUUUAAAGUGACAUGUAACGGAUAUGCCUUUUGUAGUGUGGGUUUUUUUUCCUAACUGCAAGGAUUUUAAAAUAAUGUUGCUAUCCCAAUUUAUUAAUUAUUACUGGAAUCGGUAAGGAUUUAAAAUAAAGCCAUUUCACAAUCAAA